UUCCCUUCAGCUUUGCACUGCAUAAAUCUACCUGCUGUCUGCCACCACUGCUCAGGAACAGCCAUCCACAUCCAUCUGAAUCAUGCAGUCUGCCGAAUCCAAAUUCAACAGAAACAGCAUGCUUCUGACCCUGAAGCGAUACAGCUCAGCCGUCGGUGACAUGGAGAAGACCAUCCUCCUGCCAAGCCUGCUGAGAGACGUCCCCUCUGACUGCGAAGCAGCGGAUGAGACCUGCAGAGAUCUCUACGCCAACUACUUGAUGCUGAAGGCCAUUCGAAACACAGUGGAGAGCAGCCUGGUUCCCCUGGACGAUCAGAAGGCCAAAAUCGCCACAUUCACCAAGACCCUGGAGCCUUUCCUGGAAGCUGAUCCUGAAGCAUUAUUUCUCUUCCACCUGAGAGGACUGUUUUCUGUGAUGAGCGACCUCACAAAGGAGACCCGGAGCCUCACUGACAAAUACUUGGACAUAAUUGGAUUGGCAAAUUAACGUCAAAACAUUUGUUUGCAGACAUUGACCUUCAGGGUUUUAUUGUAAACGUUUAAACUUCAUGGAUGUGGAAUAAAUGGACUUGAGCAAAACUGA